CUGUCGUUGUCAUUGCUGGUGAAAUGUAUCGAGACGAUCGAAGAGCCUGCGAUAAGCUGCUCAAAUUCAAUUCCGUUGAUAAUCACGUCGGCUCUUCCGUACCUCAUGCAUAAUUUCGAAUCACCCACACCGCUGUGUAUCAGUGUUGCUUCCACUCUGUCAUCAGUUAGUUUCUUUUUUUACGAUGACUGUUUUAGACACUCUCAUAUCGAGUUGAAUAAAUAUUUCAGUUGGAUACGUAUGUAA